AUGAGAGACGACAAAUCCAAGAAAAGCAAGUUGUCAUGGUCCAAGAAGAUGGUGAGGAAAUGGUUCAACAUCAAAAGCAAAACAGAGGAGUUUCAAGCAGAUGUUUCUGCUCCUCAAGGAGUUAAAGAAGUUGAGCACAGAAGUAGCUUCUCAGAGAGAGAGCCCUGCACAGUCAAGAAGAACAAAACUGAGAAACUCAGCAAGAACUGGGAACAGCAAGCUAGACAAAGGAGAAUGAACUAUGAGAAUCCAAGAAUCAUCGAUGUCCAAAACUAUAGUAUCUUCGUAGCUACAUGGAACGUUGCCGGACGCUCUCCUCCUACAGAUCUAAACCUUGACGAGUGGCUUCAUUCCUCAGCUCCUGCAGAUAUAUACGUACUCGGAUUCCAAGAGAUUGUUCCUCUUAAUGCUGGUAAUGUUCUUGGAGCUGAAGACAACGGCCCUGCCAAAAAAUGGCACUCCCUCAUCAGAAAAACGCUCAACAACCUCCCCGGGACAAGCGGCGUCUGCCACACUCCCUCGCCUAUCCCCGUCCCCAUUGCAGAGAUCGACGCUGAUUUCUCCGGCUCUUCGAGGCAAAAGAACGCCACUUUCUUCAACAGACGGUCUUUCCAGACCCCAAGCAUAUGGAGAACGGAUGAGAAUGACCCUUCAGCUCCACAGACGCGGCUUGACCGUCGUUUGAGCGUCUGUGAUCGUGUCUUCUUCAGUCAUAGACCAAGUGAUUUCGACCCUAGCUUCAGGUGCAACCACAGGGCCAGUGAUUACUCAAGAAGGCCUAGUGAUUACUAUAGACCGAGUGACUAUUACGCUAGACCGAGCGAUUACUCUCGGCCUAGUGAUGUCUCUCGUUGGGGCUCUUCGGAUGAUGAUAACGGUCCAGGGGAUUCACCAAGCACAUUCUUGUAUUCACCUGGCUCUGCAUCAAACGAGAAUGGCUAUAGAACGCCGUGGAACUCGUCGCAGUACUGUUUGGUAGCGAGCAAACAAAUGGUUGGUAUCUUUUUAACGAUUUGGGUGAAGAGCGAGUUACGAGAACACGUCAAGAACAUGAAAGUGUCUUGUGUUGGCAGAGGACUAAUGGGCUAUCUCGGAAAUAAGGGAUCAAUCUCUAUUAGUAUGUUGCUUCACCAAACGAGCUUCUGCUUUGUCUGCACACACUUGACCUCGGGACAAAAAGAAGGCGAUGAGCUGAGGAGGAACUCUGACGUCAUGGAGAUACUCAAGAAAACAAGGUUUCCUCGUGUCCAGAGCUCUGCAGACGAGAAGUCACCAGAGAAUAUCCUUCAGCAUGAUCGAGUGAUAUGGCUUGGAGAUCUGAAUUACCGGAUAGCGUUAUCUUUUCGAUCAGCGAAAGCACUUGUGGAGAUGCAAAACUGGAGGGCAUUGCUAGAGAACGACCAGUUACGGAUAGAGCAGAAACGAGGCCAUGUGUUCAAAGGAUGGAGCGAAGGGAAGAUUUACUUCCCACCAACGUACAAAUACUCAACUAACUCGGAUAGAUACUCAGGUCAUGAUCUGCAUCCAAAGGAGAAACGUCGCACUCCUGCUUGGUGUGAUAGGAUACUGUGGUACGGAGAAGGACUGCAUCAGUUAUCUUAUGUGAGAGGAGAGUCACGGUUUUCGGAUCAUAGACCGGUUUAUGGCAUAUUCAGUGCAGAGGUUGAGUCAAAUCACAAGAGAUUAAAGCGAACCACGAGUUAUUCCACUUCACGUGUCGAAGCUGAGGAACUCUUACCUUACUCUCGCGGAUACACCGAGCUAACUUUUUUCUAA